CCUUGCUCAAAAAAUAUGAAGCCGCAAAUAGUCGCACAAUGCGAGGACGGUCUUAUACUGGAUGUGUUUAGUUCGAUGCCCAGAGUAUUUUCUUGCUUGCAGUACAAUAUCAAAAACAAUAUUCUCUGUUAUUACACUGGAACACAUCUCAUCGCGUAUGAUUUGGAAAAGGAAGUAGAGUUGAGAAACGUUGCGAUGGAAAGAGUUAAAAAAAUGGAAAUUGAUGAUAAUUGCAGGUUUAUCGGAGUAUUGCUGCAAAGCAAAGUAUUAAACAUCAUGGCACCCGGGACAAUGUGUGCGAGGAGUGUGAAAGAAAAUAAUAACACAGUCCUUGGUUCGACGGAGGAAAAUGAGGAUGACAAAUGUGCGACUGGCAUUGUGUUCACCCUCAGCGAUAUUUUCGACUUUAAAAUGAGCGAUCAGUAUCUGCUGGCCCGUAGUAAUAAAGAGUUGAGAAUUUUUAAGGCAGUCAAUUCCAAAUUUUCGUGCGAGGAGUCUCACAAAAAUGUCAAGGAUUUCUAUGUGUACGGCAGCGUGGUGGUUGUUUUGGACGAAAAUGGCUUCUUCACGAUAUACAAGAAUCAGCAAAAAAUUUUCGAACUUUUUCUGGACAAGGUCGAUGCGAUAGACGUCAAGAGCAGCGCGAAAGGCAAUUUUGUGUUGCUCUGCACAAUAAAAACCGAGGUUGGCAGUUACUUUGGUGCAAAGGAGCUGACGCUGUUUGAUUUCCAUUCCAAAAGGUACCAUACGCUCGAUGUGGCAUCGCCGAACUACUUUACAUUUGUCAAAGGAGGAUAUGCUGUUUGUCACAGCAGUCAACCAUCUGUUGUGAGCAUAUAUGAUUAUAGCCGAAAGGAAAUUAAGAGGUUUCCGAAGGGAAUACGCAACAGAAUUUACUAUAACAGACAUGAAAACAUCGUAUGCUUUGCCGGAUUCGACAAUCUGAGCGGAAUGAUUGAAAUAUAUGAUGCACAAACAUGUUUCUUAGUCAGCAGUUUGAAAAUGCUUGGAGCUUCGGUGGUCAAUUGGUCGCCGUGCGGGUCGUACUUUUUGGUUGCAAUAACAAAUGCACUGAAAGUCGAUAACAAAAUAGUAAUUUAUGAUUAUUUUGGGAGAAAAGUCAACGAGAAACACUUCAAUAAUUUAGUUUGUGCGGAUUGGAUCGGAAAUACUGCAGGUUUUCAGUAUUUAGAGAAGCCGGCACAGCUCAAUAUUUAUAAAGAGGAAUCGUAUGUACCACCAUCUUUUUCAGGAAAAAACAGGAAGGGAAAUAAUGCUCGUAAGUAGACCUCUUUUCUCUUUUAAUCACCAAAGACAUUUAUUAAAUCCUUUAUCGCUGA